CUUGAAAUGCUUACAUAAUAUAUACAGAAAUCGCAAGUAGUGGCAUGAAGCAACGACGCAAUAAUUCCAGCCAAAAGGACGUGUUGCCUGACAUGGAUUUGAUAUAAACCAGAACACUGCAUCAAACUCCGUCACCCAUUCCGUGGCCAGAAUAAGGAAAAGACAAACCAUGCGGUGUACGCAAUGAAAACCUGAUAUGCACAAUCAAAAUGUAUAUCUGCAGCGCCCACAGCUUAGGGCAUCAACACCAACACAGCUCGUGAAGUGGCCCGUGGAGAUCUGUCUUCUUUCCUCGGUCUCUCCUUUUCGGUCCAUCCGGUUCAAACGGCUCUACUGGCUACGAGCUGAAUCCUUCCCCUCUCGUCUAGGAUUGCAGCCGAGAAUCAAUAGCACUGAUUUGAUACUAUUUUCGCCAUGGCACUGGACCGGUGGAGGCAACUAAACAAGCCACCCCAAUCAACGUGAAUCCCCGAAAUUCGGACCCCGAGGAAAUUUUCACCGCACUUUGCGUGAUCAUUGCCUCUCUCGGUCAAGAUGUGCCUGGAUAGGAUGACUCAGCUCGAAUCGGACCGAGGCGCGUUUGAUGAUUGGAGCAGCGAUGGAAGAACCUUGGAUGGCGCCCCUGUUGGACCCGGCAAUUUCCACUCCUCGAUUGGAUUGCAUUGAUAUUAACUCUGCAACUGACAAUUUUGGGUUCUUAGCUCGGGCAAGCUUCCUUGGGGGUGGUGGUGAACGUUGCAAGCACAUUGUCCCUGCCGUGAACCAGCUUUAUCAGGUGGCGGGAAGAUCGGUCCCGUUCGGUUAUUCUUAUUUGGUUCGUCCGUACGGAGUCCUGUUCUUUCAUUUUUCUUUUCUUUUCUUUUUAUUGUCUCUUUAAAAUAUUCCCAUAAUUGACCCAAUCAGCACGACCAUGG